AUGAGGAAUGUUCAGCCGGAGUUGCGGGUCAAGCACAAUAUGUGCCGCGGACCCAGCCUGAAGCAGGAGAAGGAACGGCAUGACGGGGAUUCUUUUGAUUUCAUCGUUGUGGGCGGUGGAUCAGCAGGAUCAGUUGUAGCUAGCAGACUCUCAGAAAAUGAAGAUGUUAAUUUCCUAUUAAUUGAAGCAGGAGGAUAUCCAGUAUCUGAGGUCGGAAAACGAGCAGACGGAUUACCUGAUGAUAAGCAAUCAGCGCCGCCCAUGGACACUCGCAACGGAGGAGUUAUGAGUGCGUUGCCGACCUUUUAG